GUUAGAGUAGGGAAUAGCGUUAGUACGGCGGCGACGAGGUCGACUGACAGACAGACGACAGACCACAUAUGACGACGAAACAAAGAGACGGGGAUGUGGCGAGCAGCACUGCUGCCCAGACAGGUCCCGGCAAUGCAAGCGGACUGCAGCAGCGUGCCAAGAGCACCAACGAGGAAGCAGGGUCCUCCAUUCGACGGCCGAUCUCGCCCUCGUCGUCCUCGGGCUCCUUCAAGCAGGGCGCGGGCGCACAUAGCCAUCUGGGCCUGCGACCCAAGGCAUCAGACUCGCUACACUCCCGACUUCGAACGUUGCACCCGGCGCCCAAGCACGUCUCCAUGAUCGAAGAUGUCACCUCUCCCACGUCGGGCAAGAGGAGACGGGGAAGCCGCAACCCGUCGUACCAAGGCUCGGCAUCGCACGACACCAGCAAUGGCCUUCACUCGCAGGAGGGCAGCGGGGCUGCAGGGGACUAUGACAGCGACAUCUCCAAAAGCGGCGCAAGCACCCCAAUGCGACGGCUUUCGACGAGGGACAACAGCACCGAGGAGGGCUCUUUUGCUUCGACGGACAGCGACGUCAAAAAGAUGCAGGAGCCACCGGCUUGGCUGGUCCGAGAUGGGAAUACGGCCGACGAAGAUGACGAAGAUGGCGAAGACGACGAUUUGCUGACGACAGACAUUGGUAUUUACGAUGAAGAAGUCUACGAUGAGUACCUGGGCCCGCUGAUGGGGCGAUUACGACGGGUGCUCGUGCGCAACCUGCGGUGGGAAUCGCCACUUUUGGCCAAGCACCAGGCAAUGGUGCGGAAUCCAAGGCUGGACCGGUACUUUGUCUACACCUCGUUGCUCGGUACCCACUCGUUCUUCCUCAUCUUCCUGCCCAUGGCCUUCUGGGCGGGAAAUGCCUACUUUGGCAGAGGCCUAGUCAACGUGCUUGCAUUUGGCGUCUACCUCUCCUCAGCUCUCAAAGAUGCACUGUGCAUACCAAGACCUUACUCGCCACCGGUGACACGUUUGGUCGUAGGCACGACGCAUCUGGAGUACGGCUUCUUGUCCACUCAUUCCACAAAUUCGGUCAGCAUUGCUCUAUACCUCUACCUCUGGAUCAGUGCGCUGCGUGAACAGGAAUUCUCCCCCUUGCUCAACUCGCGACUCUGGGAGGUUGGACUGGCCUACUAUCUCGUCUCGGUCGUCUACGGGCGUAUAUAUGCUGGCAUGCACAGCGUCAUGGACUGCAUCGCGGGCUGUCUCUUGGGAGCGGCCGUGACAUUGGUUCAGUGGUUCUACUUUGAAACCAUCGAGCGGCUGAUGAUGACCGAGGGAUGGGCCGUGCCUAUUGUGGUCAACGCCGCUGGCCUCGCCAUGGUCAUUGUCCAUCCUCAGCCCCUCGACGACUGUCCCUGCUUCGAGGACGCCAUCGCCUUUCUCGCCGUGGUCAUGGGUAUUGUGACAGGCAGGUGGCUGGGCGUGCGCUACGGCCUACUCCCACGGGAUGAUAAUCCUCUUUACGGGGGUCUCUACGCCCAGAAGCCUUCGCUUCCCAAUCUCGUCUCGUCCAGAACCCCUCUGUCGUCUCUCGUCGAGCCAGCUCUGGAUGCCAUCAGGGAGCCUUUCUCUUCGCUCAGCGAGAGCGCACAAAGCCGCCCGAUGCUUGCACAGCUCCUCAACGUCGCGCGAGUUGCUAUCAUGCUUCUUGUCGGUGUCGCCUGCAUCCUGGCCGUGCGCGUCGUGGUCAAGACCGUCUGCCGCAUCGUUCUCCCGCCCAUCUUUCGAUUCCUGCAGGGCACUUUUGGCAUCAUCUUGCCACGGCGACACUACACUUCGUCCACCGACGAGGCUGCACCUCCUCCCAAACCCACGCAGACUCGGCCGCGAGCGCGGACAAAUUCGAUCAAGAGGCAGGAAGGCGCUGCCUUUCCUCAGCCGUCCAAGGUCAAAUUCACAAUGUCAGACGGCUCUGCCUUGCCUGUUCCCUUUACGCAUCCCCACGCACACCUGCCUGGAGACUCGCUGAGUGGGCGCAUCGCAGGAGCGCUCAGCGAAGAGGAUCGACUAAGGCAGAAAAGAGAGGAGGAUGCUGGGUUCAGAUUCCCCGAUCAUCCCAACUCCCACGCUCACGGUCACAACAACGCCCCGAAUGGCACUGAUGCUGGACUAAUCCCAACUUCUGCCGCUGGCCAAGACGAAAAGGAGACUCCUGCGUCGAGUGAGGACGACAUUCGCCACUACGAUGUAGACGUCCUCACAAAGGUCUUUGUCUACCAUGCCAUUGGCCUCUUCGCAUCGUGCUUCCUGCCGCAUGCUUUUAGACGCCUUGGUCUCGCCAUUCAAUAGCACGGCGAUUGCAAAAUAAUCUCCGUCUUUGUUCUUACUGCAGCAUCAAUGAUGAUGAGAACGCGAAAAGGAGCACAUGCUCCUUCCGAGUGACAAGACCAUCUUUCGCCCCCUUCUCGCGGCAGGCAGGUAAAUGGGACAGAAAAAUAGCAC